AUGGACGAAGAAUGGAAUGACGAAGGAAUGCUAGUUGAGCCUGAAGAGCGUGAGGCGCUGAAUGAUCUGUUUGAGGACAUUGAAAUGGACAUGCAGGAGAUUGAGGCACAAAUCAACGACAUUGUCGAUGAUGCAGAACCUAUCAACCAAGCGGAAGAGGAGGAACUUGCGGCUGAACUUGAAGCUCUCUUGGAAGAAGCUCCUGUUCAAGGACCGCCGCCAAGACAAGAAGUUCGAGGUCGUUUUAAUAUUCAAUUGAUUGAUAGUCCACCUCGGGCUCCUCAAGCGCCAUUUGUGGGAGAGUUUUCCAACAGAAGCGCUGAUCGGACACCUCUCAACAUGCGUGACACCUUCAACAUAACUGGCAAUAAUAGCCUUGCCAGUGAGAUUGCAUUUGAAACGUCUCAAGUUCCAUUUGUCGAACGAGUUGCGAAAGAAAAUGAAGCUUGGAUUGGUAGCUCAGAAGCAAGCCCAUUUGAAUCAAGCGGCAGCUCUGGCGGCACUGCUAAUUCGGCCAACAGGCCAAGAUUUCAGGAGGUUUCGUUUCGAUCUUUGGUGCGAGAUGUUCAAAAUCAAGAGCCCCGACAAGAAUCAAUGGAAGCGGAAAAUCAAGAGGAUUUGAACGCAACAUUGAAUGCGUUACAUGAGACUUUGCAGCAGCAGAUUAAUUCUACAAUUAAUCUUAAUGGCGGCAUCAACGUCGUUGGAGUGCCGCUGAACGAGGCUCACAAUCAACUUGAGCAACUUGCGGAAAGCAUUAACGAAGGCGACAACAUUGCUAUUCGCGAGGAUGUCAUUGUUCAAUGUUUCGAUCCAGAAACUAAUGCUUUGACAGCUUCAACAAAAUUGCUGGCAGAAAAUAACUACAUGGUGGAUAAUCCAAUCGCGGCAGUGAAAAAAAGCCAGGAUAAGUUUACUGCAGCAAUUCAACAGGUGCAUUCUUUGUAUCUUCGAGAAUUUGCUAAUCUCCAGCAGUUGAACUCGGAGUUAUUGGCUGGACUUUCUGGUUGCGUUUUGGAAACUCCGGAUGAUUACUUUCCGUUGGGCGAUUUGGGACUUUCCAAAGAGCAUUUCUAA